AUGUCUGUACAGAAAGUCCAGAGCAUCGAUAUAUAUCAUGGACUCCCAGUCUACCCCGACGAUGUCGAGGGCUUGACAGCCGUCAUUACGGGCGCCAAUGGCAUCUCAGGCUAUCACAUGCUCAGAGUGCUAGGCGCAUCGCCCAAACGAUGGUCAAAGAUUUACUGCCUGAGCCGGCGCCCGCCGUAUAUACCAGGCGGACUGCCCGCCAACGCCGAGCACGUGGCGCUGGACUUUUUAAAGUCGCCCGACGAAAUCGCAGGCGUGCUGCAGGCCAAGGGCGUGCGCGCCGACUAUGUCUUCUUCUUUGCCUACCUGCAGCCGGCGCCAAAGGAGGGCGGCGGGCUGUGGUCCGACGCCGACGAGAUGGACCGCGUCAACGCCCUGCUUCUGAGCAACUUUGUCGAGGCCAUGCGCCUCGCGCAUCUCAAGCCUCGGCGCUUCAUGCUGCAGACGGGCGCCAAAAACUAUGGUGUUCAUCUGGGCCCGACCAAGCUGCCCCAGGAGGAGUCGGACCCGCGCGUCGAGCUCGAGCCCAACUUUUACUACUCCCAGGAAGACUUUCUUUUCAAGUACUGUCAGGAGGAGGGCAUCGGUUGGAAUGUGCUCAUGCCGUGUGGUAUUCUGGGAGCUGUACCUGAUGCCGCGACUGUAUAUGCUGCCGUCUGCGUAGAGCUGGAGCAACCCCUGCUGUGGCCAUCCGACAUCAGCUCGUGGCAGACAUACUGUUCCCAGAGCAGCGCCAUGAUGAAUGCAUAUAUGGAGGAAUGGGCUGUCCUUACUCCCGGCGCUGAAAACCAGCGAUUUAAUGCAUGCGAUGACAGCGCUUUUACCUGGGAAGGAUUCUGGCCUCACCUCGCUGGCUGGUAUGGACUCGAGUGGAGAGGACCAGAUGACAAGGCAGAGUUCCACGAGAUCCAUACUCGAUUCAAUCCCCGCGGGUACGGUCCGUCGGGCGUGGUCCGAACCACUUUCACCUUUGUCGAGUGGGCGAAGCGCCCGGAAGUGCAAAAGGCAUGGAAGAGGUUGGCCGAAAAACACGACCUGUCGCAGAAGGAGCUCAAAGAUGUGGACAGAGUCUUUGGGUUCCUGGAUGGCAGCGUCUCCCGCGCGGGGUCGCUGAUGAUGAGCAUGGCUAAAAGCAGGAAGCUCGGGUGGCACGGUACCGUGGAUACGACAGAGUCCUUCCUCGCCGUCUUUGAAGAUCUUGUGAAUAUCAAGAUGAUACCACCUGUGCCCAAGAUCAAUGUGUCUUUGAGAUGA